AUGGUGGUAAUGCAGCAGAACAUUCCCAAGGCUCGGAUCCUAGUGGAAGGCCCAGUGGCCGCUGUGCUUACGGCGGUGGUGAACGAGAUCGAAGAGUCCGGUGGGCAGGCCGAGCACCAACUCAAAGAGCUGGCGGCCUACUUGGCAUGGGUUUCUCUUCAGUCGUCCAGUGCGGCUUCUUCGCGGUUUAGAGCUGUGACCUGA